AUGAACCACUGUGGGACCCAGGCUCCUCUGUGGCUGUCCCUGCAGGGGUCUUCUCUGCCGGGGCCCGGGGAGCUCCAGCAGCUCUCAGCCUGUGCCACGUGGAGCUUCUUCAGCCCCAGUGCCUCCGACUGCUGCCUUUUCAGGAUCCCCGUCUCUGUCAGGAACUGCGGACUCUUCCUGCUCUACCACCUGCAGCCCACACACGGCUGCAUGGCCUACUGCUCCCAGGCUGCUCCAGAUGUGGCCCCCAGACGCUGCCCCCCCGGACAGGUGUGGACCAGGGGCAGAUGCUCCGCUCCAGUCCCUCCGGUGCUGACCCGGCCCUUCGUCACCCCUGAGCUGAUGGGUCCGAGCCUGUACCUCCGCUGCUCCUUUUCCCCCCCGCCCUGGAGCUCUGCCCUGGGCUUCCAGGUGCAGUGGGCCCGUCACAUCGGCCACGGCAUGAAGGCGCAGGUCAGGCAGGAGUCCACGGCACGGCCCUUCUCUCUGCUGGAGAUGGAUGGGGUUCACUUCAGGCUUGGCGAGACGUUCUCCUGCAGUGUCUCCGUGUACGACGCCCACUCCAACCUGAGCCGAUCCGCCGGGAGGGAGAGCGAGGCCUUCUUCGCCGGGAUCCAGCUGUCUCCAGGAUCUCUGCUCAUCUCGGAGGACGCUCAGGAGCAUCAGGUCCGAGUGUCCAGCUCCGUGCCCCUGCCCUGUCCGGACCCCAGCUCUCCCUGCAGCCUCGGCCUCAGUCUGAGCGUCCAGCAGCCUGACUCUGGAGAUCUCCCGGACAUCGCUCUGUCCUCGUGCCGGCUGGAGCUCAGGGCCAGCCGGUGCAACGGUAGCUCGCUGUGCUGGCUGGGCGUCUUCACCGUCACCGCGGUCACGGACUUCAGACGCGACCACCACCAGGCCAGCCUCGUCACUGCGCACUUCGGGCCAGGCGCACCCCGGCUGUGGACCCACUACACCCCCACACCUCUCAAAGUCAAUGUGCAGGACACCCCCACGGCUGUGUGCUACGCCCUGACUGACCCUCACAUCAUCACUUUGGACGGCAGGCUUUAUGAGCAGCCGCAGACUGGGACCUUCGUCCUGUACCGCAGUGUGGUCAGGGCCUUCGAGGUGCACUCACGCCUGUGGGACUGCGGCAGCCGGCUCCGCUCUGCGUCCUGUGUGUGUGGGGUCGCGGUGCGAGAGGGCUCAGAGCUGCUCACUCUAGACAUGUGUGAUGGACAGAGACAGGGGACACGUCCUCAGCUCACCAUCAGCACCCCAGGCCCACGCUCGGGCCGGGGAGUGCGUGUGCUGGAGUCCCACCACGGGAAGAAGAUCAGUCUGCUUUUCCCCUCCGGGGCCUUGGUCCGGGCCGAUGUGAGUGUGUGGGGCAUGAGCCUGAGUGUGCGUGCUCCUGGUGUGGACUACACACACACACAGGGCUUGUGUGGAACCUUCGACCUCAACACUAACAACGACCUUCAGGAUCGUGACGGGACGUCCUGCAGCUCAGAGACCUUUGUGGAGAGGUGGAGGUUGUCCCCGGGGGACAGUCUCUUCGACAGGACUCCAGCUGUCCUACAGAAGGAGGACCAGAGGAGUUUCUGUCACUGCUCUCUCAGCUCAGGCUGGUGUUCAGGUCCUGACCACGUGGACCUCAAGUCUGUGUUUCCCUCUGUGGACACCACCCUGCAGUACCUCAAGGAGCCUACCCCACAGGGGGGCGCUGCAGAGCGCCUCAGGAGACAGCCCAUACCAGAGCUGACUGUCCCUGCCCAGCACCACGCCUUUGCUUACUUCUUUCCUGAGGACCACUUAUCCUCCGCUCGGCCCGCUGUGGACCCCCGCUGGCCCACCCCCAAUGGUCUUAGCUCGGCCAAAGCCCUGGAGCUCUGCCAGCAGACGCUGCUCAACUCAUCAGUGGGCAGUGUGUGUGGGGAGCUGCUGGGCGAGCGGCUGGACACGGCCCUGCAGCUGUGUGUGCUGGACCUGCAGCUCAAAGAUGACCUGUCCUGGGGCCACGCACUGCUGCCCUUCCUGGAGAACGAGUGUGAGCACCGACUGCUGGAGAGCAGGGCCCUCGGGGAGAGCAGGGUCCUGGGGGAGAGCAGGGUCCUGAAGGAGAAGGAGGUUCAGGCGGUACUCACUGCUCUGCGCUGUCCCAACCUCUGCAGUGGGAACGGUCGCUGCACAGACGACGGUUGUCAGUGUUUCUCUGGACACGGCUCCUAUGACUGCAGCCUCAGCAUCAGUCCGUCUGUGGAGAUCCUGGACCUGGAGAACAGUGGUCUGUGUGACCUGCUCUCCUCGCCCUGCAGCACUGUGCGGGUCUUCGGUCUCGGCUUUGUGAACUCAGAGGACCUGAGUUGCCACAUCAGCAGACUCACGGUGGGUACCAACACCCAUGUGGGCUCCUGGAAGAGGCCUGAAGACAGUGAACGCUAUUACACACACGGGGCCUGGGCUCCUAGGGAGAGGCAGAGGACGAAGGCUACGUUCCUGAGCUCUAAAGUCCUGGACUGUCCUGUACCAGCACUGAGCGGGCCCCCAGAGGACCCCCACCCUGACAGGCCCUACGCCCGCUGGGAGGUCAAGGUGAGCAACGAUGGCGUCCGGCUGAGCGAGGGCCGCGUGUUGAGCCUGUUCCACUCGGCGUGUCAGAGGUGUGAGGCCGGGAGCGCAGGACCCUGUAAGUUAAAGAAAGGCAGCUGCAGCAUCGAUGGCUUGUGUUUCUCAGAGGGAGAGCCAAGCCCCAGCAGCCCCUGUCUAAGGUGUGACCCGAGCCUGUCCACGUCCACCUGGUCCCGGAACCAAGAGAACAAAGCCCCUGUGUUCCACCCGCCCGAGCUCCCGCUGCAGACCUUUGCUUCAGAGACCUUUGUGUUUCAGUUUUCAGCCUCAGAUCCUGAGGGCUCUGCUCUUGUGUUUCACAUGGAGCAGGGGCCCCCAGGGGCCACGCUGUCCUCUGCAGGGCUCCUGGUCUGGAAGGUGCCGGUGUCUGCAGUGGGGAUCCAGGGGGUGAGGCUGAGGCUGAGGCUGAGGGACGAGUGCGGCGCCCAGAGCUGGGUGUCUAACCAGAGUCCUGCUGACCCACAGGUACGGGUGGGGCCCCAGGUGUGUGUGUGUCAUCAUGGAGGCACCUGUGUGAUUGAUGGUCAGCUCCCAGCCGGCAGGGGCCACUUCCUGUGCGUGUGCCCCCCUGGACUCACAGGACAGAGCUGUCUGCAGGACGUGGACGAGUGCACCCUGUCGCCUUGUCGCCCCAGGCAACAGUGCUUCAACACGUUUGGCUCAUUCAGCUGUGGCCCCUGCACUGGGCCCCCGGGGACCAACAGGACCCUGUGCAUGGACGCAGAUGUUAGACCAGACCCCACCUCUGUAACACCCGCUCCACACACCACGGCCCUCAGGAGAGCCCACGUCCUGCUGCCGCCCUCCAGACACCAAAGCACCCUGCUCCAGAGGCCUCUCAGAGAACCACUGACCAGAGGGGAAAGCAGAUCCGCCCAAACCCCUGUCGCCUUCACCGUGAGCCAGAGGAGCGCCUUCACAAAGGACCACAGCACUAAGAGAAUUGGGUCCAUCACGAAGGGUGACAAUACAGAGACAUCACAGCGGCCUGUAACUGUGAGCAGACAUAAAGGAGCUCAAACCACAGCUGAAGCAAAAGAACUCAGUAAUGUCAUCCUUGAGGAGAGUCAGCGCUCUUCUGGACCUCAGGGCUCCUCGCGUGCUUCUCUGAACGUGUCGUCCUCCUGUGCCAGUCGGCCAUGUUUCCCCGGCGUGCAGUGCAUCGACCGCAGACCGCCUCACGUGGGCUACGUAUGUGCCCGCUGCCCCCCGGGUCUCCACGGCAACGGGCGUGUGUGUGUCAAAGCGCCCAGACCAGGAACCAGAGAGGCCCCUCACACACUGGUCAAGCCGGGCUCCGAGCGCAUCAGAGUGUCCCUGCUGCACCUGCCCCCUGUGCCCCACCGACCCUUGCCCCCCUCAGCCAGAAAGAAGCCCGCUCACACUAUGAGCCACACCAUGAGCCACACCAUGAGCCACACCAUGAGCCACACCAUGAGCCACACCAUGAGCCACACCAUGGGCCACACCAUGACCGUGCCAGCGCACGCACCUGCCAGGGGAGGGGGCACCGGCCGCAGAGACACCAGGACGUCCCAGACAUCACCCCAGCACAGCCCCCGAGCAGUGACCCAGCCUCAGCCUUCCACAGCUCACACCCCACCGCACCUCACCCCGAUGCGCCCCCCCACCGCGGUGACCCAGGACGCGAGGAGGUCCCAACUUCCCCGAGCUCUGACGGAGAGCGCCCAGCUACUGCACCGCGCAACGCCGCAGCUACGGGCCGCGGCGCUAACACUGCGGUCCCAGAGAGAGCAUAAGGAAACUCCACAGACUCCCACUCUCGCACUCACAACCCCUCACGCUCUCACCCCCCCUCACCCGCCCAGAGCCCUGACCGCGGCCCUGGUCCUGUCUGAGCCCAACGCAGACUCUCAGGCGCUGGAGUUUUCUGCCGAUGGAGAGGAGGAGCAGCAGGUGAGCGGUGCUGAAUCGUACGUCUCGGCGUUCCCCUCGGCCGUGGUCUCGCUCAGCCCCGCGGUCAGCAGAUCGGUCUCCUGUGCAAACCAGCCAUGUUUUCCUGGAGUGCAGUGUGUGGAGACCUCUGAUGGUAACGGCCGCUGCCUGAGGUGUCCUGCCGGGUACACGGGGGACGGCCGCACAUGCAGAGCUGUCUGCAGAUUCGCCUGUGGGAGGAACAUGGAGUGUGCCGCCCCCAACACCUGCCGCUGUAAGAAGGGGUACAGGGGCCCCCGCUGUGAGACAGCGGAGUGUGCCCCCCCCUGUGUGAACGGUGGCGUGUGCGUGACCCCCGCCGUGUGCCAGUGUCCAGCAGGAUUUCACGGAGACACUUGUGAGGAAGCCGUGUGCAGACUGCCUUGUGAGAAUGGGGGCUCCUGUGUGGGACCUCAGACCUGCUCCUGUACUCUGGGCUUCGUUGGACCUCGCUGUGAAACAAUGGUGUGCAGUCAGCACUGUCACCACGGGGGGCGCUGUGUGUCUCCGGACAGAUGUGAGUGUGCGGCGGGCUGGACAGGACCAUCCUGUGAGAGCGCUGUGUGCGCUCCUGUGUGUCUGAACGGAGGUGUGUGCGUGCGGCCCGACUCCUGCCGUUGCCCCCCAGGCUUCUACGGACACCGCUGUCACAUCGAGGUGUGCGAGCCGCGUUGUAUGAACGCCGGUCGCUGUGUUGCUCCAAACGUGUGCGACUGUCCUGCGGGCUGGAGCGGACACAUCUGUGACACACGUGAGUACACCCCCACCGACCAAUCCGAUCCAGAGUACACCCCCACCGACCAAUCCGAUCCAGAGUACACCCCCACCGACCAAUCCGAUCCAGAGUACACCCCUACCGACCAAUCCGAUCCAGAGUACACCCCCACCGACCAAUCCGAUCCAGAGUACACCCCCACCGACCAAUCCGAUCCAGAGUACACCCCCACCGACCAAUCCGAUCCAGAGUACACCCCCACCGACCAAUCCGAUCCAGAGUACACCCCCACCGACCAAUCCGAUCCAGAGUACACCCCCACCGACCAAUCCGAUCCAGAGUACACCCCCACCGACCAAUCAGAUCCAGAGUACACCCCCACCGACCAAUCCGAUCCAGAGUUCACCCCCACCGACCAAUCAGAUCCAGACGAGCUGUGUCCAGAGGUGUCUGAAUGGAGGGGAGUGUGUGGGCCCCAACACGUGCCUCUGUCCGGCGGGAUGGUCAGGACCCUUCUGCCUGACCCCUGUGUGCGAGCCCAGGUGUGUUUCCGGAGGGCGAUGUGUGCGACCCGGUGUGUGCGUGUGUCCCGCGGGAGGACGAGGGGUUCUGUGCCGGGACAGACAGUCCUACGUCCCCUCAGUCCCACGUCCCCUCAGUCCCACGUCCCCUCAGUCCCACGUCCCCUCAGUCCCACGUCCCCUCAGUCCCACGUCCCCUCAGUCCCACGUCCCCUCAGUCCCACGUCCCCUCAGUCCUACGUCCCCUCAGUCCUACGUCCCCUCAGUCCAACGUCCCAGAGAUUCAUGUGA